UAAUGGAAUUGCGGAAAGAUGAUGGUUACGUAUUAAUGUGUGAAGCCAAAUUUGAAUCCAUCUCUUGGUUAGUUACAGUGAAGCAGUAGCUAACCAACCAGUGGGUACUCAUUACUGGUAAUGUACUUUAAUGACCGACUAAACAGAAAUUUUGACCUAGGAAGAUGGAGCGGCACUGGAGCACUGAAUCCGGCAAUGUGAUGUCUUCGUCGUCUUCUCCAUCACACUCACGUAAUGGAGGACAUGCUCGCUCAUCUUCCCUCACCGGAAUUUCAACCAUUAAAAGAACUCAGAAUGUUGCUGCUAAAGCCGCUGCUCAACGCCUCGCCCAAGUCAUGGCUUCUCAGACUGCCGACGACGACGACGAUGACGACGAUCUAGGAUUUCGCUACAGUGCUCCUCCUCCUCUCGCUCUCUCCAGGAAGUCCUCCUCCGCCACUCAUAGUAGAUCUCCAUCUCAUAAGGAAGCAUCAGUAGUAGUAGCAUCUAAUAACAUUACUCAUAGAUCUCCAUCUCAUAAGGAAGAAUCAGUAGUAGUAGCAUCUAAUAACAUUAAUAGACCACCGCUGAACCAGCGGACUCCACCUCCUCUUCUGCCCAAAGAUAAAAGAUUUCCCUUUCAACCAAAAGAUUUAGGAGACAACCGUCAGGCCUCUGGUCUUCGUGAUGAGGUUGAUGUGCUUAGGGAAGAGAAAGAAACUAUUUUUGACAAGCUUAGACUUGAGGAAGACAGAUGCAAGGAAGCAGAGGCCAGAGUUAAGGAGCUUGAGAAACAGGUCGCUUCCCUUGGAGAAGGAGUAUCUUUGGAAGCUAAACUCUUGAGCAGAAAGGAAGCAGCAUUACGUCAAAGAGAGUUUUAUAUUUCCCAGGCCGCACUGAAAAAUUCCAGAGAAUCAAAGGAUGGAGUUGAUAAGGAAAUCACAUUUCUACAGACUGAAGUUGAGCAUGCAAAAGUAGAGACUGAAGCCACAGUGAAACAGCUAAAUGGAGCUGAAUCCGAAGUGAAAGCUCUCCGAUCAAUGACACAAAGAAUGGUAUUAACUCAGAAAGAAAUGGAGGAAGUUGUUCUUAAGAGGUGUUGGCUAGCUCGUUAUUGGGGUUUAGCCACAAAAUAUGGUAUCUGUGCAGAUGUUGCAGUUUCGAAGUAUGAACUUUGGUCAUCCUUAGCCCCUCUUCCAUUUGAGAUUGUUGUUUCUGCAGGACAAAAGGCCAAGGAGGAAUCCUGGGAAAAAGGUGAUGAUGCAACAGAGAAGAGGAGCAAUCUUGUUCCAGACUUGAAUGAUCUUACUGGAGAAGGAAAUAUUGAAAGUAUGCUUUCGGUUGAAAUGGGACUCAAGGAGCUUGCUUCUUUAAAGGUUGAGGAUGCUAUUGUGCAAGCAUUAGCUCAACAGCGGCGUCCAAGUUCAAAUUCUUCUCGACAACUAGUAUUAGAUAUUAAAUCACCAGGGGAUCCUAAGUUUAUGGAAGCAUUUGAGCUGAGUCCAGAGGAAUCUGAGGAUGUUCUUUUCAAGGAGGCCUGGCUGACUUAUUUUUGGAGAAGAGCCAAGGCUCAUGGUAUAGAGGAGGACGUCGCCAAAGAACGGCUUCUGUUUUGGAUUGGUCGAAGUAGGCAUUCACCUACUUCGCAUGACGCUGUUGAUGUGGAGCAAGGGCUUUGGGAGUUGCGGAAAUUGGGGAUUGAACAUAGACUUUGGGAAGGAUCGAGAAAAGAAGUUGAUGAUGAGGAGUUGAAUUUGAAGUAAAUUGAUUUUAGAAAGUGUUGAUGAUAACGGAAAAGUUGUUUCUAAGAUAUUUCAACAAUGUGUGGGAGUUUCCUUCCACCUUGCCACUGGGUAUGAGAAUGAGAAAAUAUAAACUCAAAUUACUUGUUUAGUUUACUUUUGAGUAUACAUCAAAAACCCAAAUGAUUACAACAUCCAAAUUUACUUUCUGAAACAUCUAAUCCAAUGUGAUUUGAGGGAUUUAAAACAA